AUGACUGGCAAAAGAUCUCGGCAGGGGUGUGGAGAGUGUAGAAAACGUAGACGAAAGUGUGACGAAGCGAAGCCGAGUUGCGGCCAAUGUGCCUCAUACAACCGGAAAUGUCAGUACGAAUUAAGGCUUGUUUGGAGUCAAAAGUCUCGCGUUUCGCAGCAUGUCUCAAGCAGGUCUGGGGACAUCAUCUGGAACACCCAAAACGAUGACCUUGGAAAGGGCAUGGAAAGUGUCGAGCCGGGAAUACCCGAGUCACUACCUAAUGGAAUGAUCUUACCUAGACGAUACAAGAGACUGCUACAUCACUUUGCAGAAGGUGUUUUGGCGUCGCUCUCCAGCCAUCCGACGAUCCAUCAAGACUUUUGUCAAGGUCUUAUGCCGACUAUGCUGCAGUCACCGCACCUUCUGUCGGCAAGUCUUGCGCUUUCAGCUUCAAGUCUUAUAUCUAGAGGCAUAGAAGAUGUAGAAGGUAUAAGCAUAACACGAGUCGUAGAGCAUCUACAGUCCACUGGGUUACCUCUCCUGCGAGCAGCUCUGGAAAAAGGACAGCAGAGUGAGGUUCUAAUCGCGACUUGUCUUAUCUGGUGUUUGGCAGAUGUUUUCUCAGGACAGCAAGGAAUGUCGAGAUGGCCAAUCCACUUGCAGGGUAUCAAAGCCCUACUCCAUGGAGAACGUUCAUUUAACACUAGCGAUGCGGGACUGAGAUCAGCAAUGAAGCACCUUCUCAUGCUCUAUCGUGCUUUGGAGACGCUACCUCACGUGCGAUCUAUUACCCCUUCGACUAGAAGCGCGUACGAAAAGACUGAAUGCAGUAUCCCCGCCUCCCCCGAACCCAACUCUCAGAUUGAUGGGUUUCUUGGCUAUAGCGAGGAGCUUCUCGAUAUUCUACACCAUAUAAAUAUGAAGGUAUCUACACAUGACCAAGAGACAACAAAUGCAGAUGUUAUUUUGGACAGACUCAACGUUAUCAUUAGUCGAGACGUCAAGCAGCCACCAAGAGUGUCGAUAUCGUCGCUUUCCUCCCAAGCAGAUCGUGACUUUGCGCUCUGCAACAAAGUCUUCCAGCAGGCUACCUUGAUCCAAUUAUACCGACAAUUAUAUGGCCUACCCUCAUCGUCUGAACAGAUACAAACUGCUAUACAUACCAUUCACGAAAUGAUUCAGAACAUGGCACAAGGUGAACCAUGCCAUACUUGGGUCGCCAUGGCCAUGCCUUUGUUCACUGUUGGAUGUGAAGCGUAUGACCAGGACAAAAAGACCUUCAUUCUGGAUAAAAUUAAUAAACUCGAGAUAUGUAUCGGGUCACUACAUGUCAAGAUCAUCGAGCAGGCCCUGAAAGAUAUAUGGAAGUUAAGAGAAGACUUUGGAGAUUACGAGGGCAACAUGUGCGCUGAGUACUUGCUUGAAAGAUUGUCAUACAAUAUUGUUCUAUUCUGA